CUUCAUCGAUGGUAUUAAGGAACCUAUAACAUUGGCAGCAGAUGAGUCUUCUAAGCAUAACGCAAUUCUAGAAAAUUUUGAGUCCACUAUUAUUCAGAUAGUAUAUCUCUUGCUUGAGUCUGGAGUUGAUAUCAAUCUUAGGAACUAUCACGGUCAGAUAAUAAAUUCAGCGGAAAACGAUAUAGUUAUUGAUUAUUGUUAUGUGAAAUGUACAUCAGCCUCUCUGCAAGCAUUGGCAUCAUUUUGGAAAUUAUAUCCCAUGCAUCACCCAGAAGAAAUAAGCUGCUGUAUUAAAAAAGCCACUGCAUAUAUUGAAAGCGUUCAAGCUUUGGAUGGUUCAUGGUAUGGUUCAUGGGGAGUUUGCUUCACCUAUGCCAUAUGGUUUGGAAUAAAUGAGUUGAUUGCUUCUGGAAAGAGUUAUAGUGAUUCCCCAGCCAUUCAUAAAGCUUGUGAAUUUUUGCUGUCUAAGCAGGUUUCAAAUGGUGGCUGGAGAGAGGGUUAUUUGUUUUGUCAAAAUAAGGUGUAUUCAAAUCUUGAAAAUAACAUGGCUCAUCUUGUAAACACAUCGUGGGCCUUGCUGGCUCUCAUUGUUGCUGGACAGAUGGAGAGUUUCUGUGCCACACAUUCUAGUACUCAGUUACUCGCGACAACUACUCAGCCAUUGCCAAUGGGACUUUUUCCAACUUGGUCAUAGCAGAGUGGCUGCAGAACACUAACAGCUAUUCACAAGAUGCUAUUCCGGCCGGUGGAAAGGUUAAUGUGAUAGUUAAACUGUUCUUGUGGAGACAGUAAUAUUAGAAAAGAUUAUGGAUUGUUCAUCACAUACCCUCUUAAGCCUGAGGAUUCUUUGCAGUCAAUUGCAAACCAGACAAAGCUUGAUCCUGAGUUGUUGAUGAAAUACAACCCCGGUGUAAAUUUCAGAUGAAAACAGCAACAAGUAACUUCAAUUUGGCUAACAAAAUUGGUCAAGGUGGUUUUAAAGAACUGGUGGAUCCUAGGCUUGGAGAUAAUUACUCAAUUGAUUCAGUUUUCAAAGUAUUAUCUACUAGUUAUAUAUUAUUCUUAGAGAUCGGAACUAGCACAGGCCUGCCUCACAAUCCACAAAUACUAAAAGCUUAUCCAAUUUAUUUGAAUUGAAGCUGAUGUUUUCUCUUUCAUUAGCUGAUCUGCUAUACAUUCCUCAUGAAUAAAAGAUUAGAAUCUUUCCAUUGCUUCAAAGUGUUAGGUUAGCUAGUUUUUAACCCACUCCAACAGACAUGACAAUAACAUGUAGACAGUGGCAUUAAUUUAAUUGAGGAUACUAAUCAUAAACCCAAUGUAAGAAGAUAUUUAUUUAAUGGAAUGCACAAUGCUAAAUUGCUAAUC